CACCGUUUCCACAUCAUCCCAUCCUGCUGCGCAAUGACCAUCAACUCGCACAGAAUGUCCCUGUCUCGCCGCCAAGUCAAUGCGCUGACAUCGGUCAAGCAAAUGCACAUACAAUGCGAUGACUGGUGCAGUUAGUGUCAACCGUUCGGAGUCACGCAGGAGAACCGGGAUCGGCGUUGACGUCUGCGUCGAUCUUGUUGCUGGCGCUGCUGAAAGCGUACCGCCAACCUAUCGCUUCACUGAUGAACAGCCUAAACACUUCCCUUCCCAGACGGUACCUCUUUGUGCACUUUAGCAAAAGUCGCAGCAGAUCACUUUAAACAAGCUGCAUCUACAACUACCAACUAAAGCUAUGGUGGCUACAGCCGGCAGCCUCUCAGGUCUCAUUUGUGGCUC